AGGGCGGGCGAGUGUGCGUGUGGGCGCAGCAGCAGGCGGGGACGACGCGCAAUCGCCCCGUGCUGUCUGAAGAGGAAUCGUCCGCAAUGGAAGCAGUUAAGGACAUCACAGAGACGGUGGCUGUGGACCUGGGUGCACUCCUGGACGCCGGGGACGACGCCAUGGUGAUACUCGAGGCAGGUGACACUCGGCUGGUGGUGCACAGGGCCGUCCUCGCGGACAGGAGCCCUGUGUUCGCGGCCAUGUUCGCCCACGACACCCUCGAGGCCAGCACUGGCGUGGUGAGGAUUGCCGACAUCUGGGGCCCGGUGCUGAGGCAGCUAGUCUCCUACCUGUACACCCUGCGGGCCCCCCAGCUGCCCGGCACGGCCCCCGAGCUGCUGGCCGCAGCGGAUAAGUACGGGGCGUCGGGGCUGAAGGCGGAGUGCGAGCGGCAGGUGGCUGCUCAGCUGACCGUGGAGACCGCGGCGGCCGCAGCCGUCCUCGCAGUCCGCCACUCCUGCAGUGACCUCAGGCGAGCCGCCAUGGAAUUUAUUAAGGCACGUACCCACGAGGUGAUGGCCACUCAGGGGUGGGCAGAUGCCAUGCGGAAGCAGCCGGAAGACUUGAUUGAAGUGAGCCGGUUGCUGUACGAUCCACCACCACAAACCAGUGCACCAGUCGUUACAGAGCUGAGGACCACCACCACCAGCACCACAACCACAACCAGAACCACCACCACCACCACCACCACCACCACCUCUGCCAGCGCACCUCGCCAGACACCUGCUGCUGCUGCUGCGCGGCCCACGACCCCUCAACCUGAUGAGGCCACUGUCUCUCAAAUGCGCGCACCAGUCGUUACAGAGCUGAGUACCACAACCAGAACCACCACCACCUCCGCUGCUGCCGCCACCUCUGCCAGCGCAACUCGCCAGACACCUGCUGCUGCGCAGCCCACGACUCCUCCACCUGAUGAGGCCACAGUCUCUCAAAUGCGCGCACCAGUCGUUACAGAGCUGAGUACCACAACCAGAACCACCACCACCUCCGCUGCUGCCGCCACCUCUGCCAGCGCAACUCGCCAGACACCUGCCGCUGCGCAGCCCACGACUCCUCCACCUGAUGAGGCCACAGUCUCUCAAAUGCGCGCACCAGUCGUUACAGAGCUGAGUACCACAACCAGAACCACCACCACCUCCGCUGCUGCCGCCACCUCUGCCAGCGCAACUCGCCAGACACCUGCUGCUGCGCAGCCCACGACUCCUCCACCUGAUGAGGCCACAGUCUCUCAAAUGCGGAGCCUCUCUGCAGAAGAGAGGGGCAGGAGGCUGGUCCAGGCGGCUAAGCGGGGGGCAGUGGGGGAGCUGACGGCGCUGAUCGCCGCAGGGGCCGACGUGGGGGCGACGGGCGGGUGGAGGCGGACCGCCCUGCACUGGGCAGCGCGCAGGGGAGGCGUCAUGGCGCUGAGGCUGCUGGUGGGGGCGGGGGCGGCGGUGGACGCCAGGGACAGCACGGGGUGGACGCCGCUGCAUCUUGCGGCAUUCAAUGGCCACGCAGAAGUGGCGGCUGCGCUGCUCGACGCGGGGGCCGACAGGGGGGCCACAACUGGUGAUGGGCGGACAGCGCUGGACGUCGCCAGGCGGUGCAACGAGAGCCGCAAGAGGCGGCGGCUGGUGAGGAUGCUGUCACGAGGCAGGCAGUCCAGCGAACUCUGUGCAAAAAAACCGGAACUGAAAGAAUUUGUAGGAGAGCAAUAUUCAUAA